GAUCCGAGACGAGCGCGAUGCGUUGCGUCACAUGGUACGUAUGUACGUGUGACACGGUUGACAAGCAUGCCACGUUUUGCCGUCCGAAGCGAGACUGUCGAAAACUGCCGCGAGGAGGGAUGCUGCCGGCAUGGUUUUACGAUUAUUACGUACAUAAUGGGAAAACCUCUCACGUGAAUGUGAAACGCGGAGAUGCCACGGACUCCACGGGCGGUAUGACACCGAAACUCUUCAUCCCUGUCGUUUUCGUUCUUGGGAUUGUCAUCGCUGUUAUCAGUACGUUUCUGUCGAAAUACAUAGGCGGCCUGUCCACCGAUUCCACAGAACAGGCAUUUUAUCAUGGUCGUUCUGUGUUUGUGCCGCUUUCUUCAGAAGGCAUUUUGAAUGUCUAUGAUGAUCACACGCUCACCAUUUCACAACGCAACACUGAACUUGGUAAGGUUCAGUGUACUGCAGCGUCGAUAACGGAGGCCCUGGCAUCUUUGCACUUAGCUUUAGAUAUGAGAUUAUCUGGGAAGCAGGAGAAAGCUAUAAAAUUGUUCCAACAUGCAGUAGCAUUAGCACCUUGUCAUCCAGACGUUUUGAAUCAUUACGGGGAGUUUUUGGAGCAUACCCAGAACAAUGUGAUAAAAGCUAAUGAAUUUUACGUGCGUGCUUUAACUUAUAAACCGAAUCACGAAGGUGCUUUAAUAAAUAGUCAGAGGACAGCUCGUGUGGUCGAAGAACAUGACAGAAUAAUGCUCAGACGAAUCGAUGACAAGAGAAAUACGUUAUCCAAUAUACCUGAUAACAAUGCUGCAUUGAUACGCGCUAAAAAGGAGGCUUACUUCCAACAUAUCUAUCAUACAGUCGGGAUCGAGGGAAAUACUAUGAAUCUUGCACAAACGAGAGCUAUAGUCGAAACACGUAUCGCGGUCUCCGGAAAGAGUAUUGAUGAACAUAAUGAAAUCCUUGGAUUAGAUGCUGCCAUGAAAUAUAUCAAUGCGACCUUGGUUAAUAGGGUAGGGUCCAUUUCUAUAAAAGAUGUACUGGAAAUACAUAGGCGUGUGCUUGGACAUGUAGAUCCCGUCGAAGGUGGUCAAUUUCGAAGGACUCAAGUAUACGUUGGCGGCCAUAUACCUCCAGGCCCUGGCGAUAUACAUUAUUUGAUGGAGGAGUUAAAAAAAAAAAAAGCCAUAAGAAUGCAUCCAGUGAGGUAUGCAGCUCUCGCGCAUUAUAAACUGGUGCACAUACAUCCGUUCACUGAUGGAAACGGCAGAACGUCCCGCUUGCUCAUGAAUAUGAUUCUCAUGCAAGCUGGAUAUCCUCCCGUUAUUAUCCACAAACAGCAUCGCCAUAAAUAUUACGAGUACUUGCAACUAGCCAACGCCGGAGAUGUUCGACCGUUUGUGAGAUUCAUAGCGGAAUGUACAGAGCAGACAUUAGAUUUAUUUUUAUGGGCGACCACCGAAUUUUCUCGACAAGUUCCUGCACUGAGUCAAGAGACAUUAUUUACCGAAAGGCACAAUAUAAUUAUUCUAGAAAAUAAUGAAAUAGAAAAUGAUAUACUAGAAAAUGAUUGAAAACUAAUCUCAAGUCACGUUUGAAGUAUUUUUGAGACCAAAGAGCGUUAAUAUUAUUUAUAACUC